UUACGAAACAGCUAGGUUACAUUAAUGCAGCAUCUGUUUUAGAACUGUAUAUACCAUGGAUCAGUGGAAAGGCAAGGUUGCUAUAGUGACAGGGGCCAGUUCAGGAAUAGGGGCUGCUAUAGCUCAGGCUCUGGUACAUCAUGGGAUGGUCGUGGUGGGGCUGGCCAGGAGGCAGGAGAAUAUACAGAAACUAGCUGAAGAUCUCUCCAAAGAACCGGGGAAGCUGUAUGCAUUGAAAGCUGAUAUGAGAAAAGAAGAAGAUAUUCUUGCAGCUUUCGAGUGGGUAGAGAAGGAGUUGGGUGGAGCUGACGUGCUGGUCAACAAUGCUGGGCUGGCUAAAUUUAACUAUAUACAAGACGGGAAGACAGAGGACUGGCGCAACAUGUGGGAAGUGAAUGUUCUCAGUGUCACCAUAUGCACUCGAGAAUAUCUUAAAUCCAUGGAAAAGCGGAAAAACCAGAAAGGUCAAAUUUUCAUUAUAAAUAGUCUUGCGGGACAUACUACCGAGUUUCUGACAGCAAAUAUGUACAUCGGCACCAAACACGCGGUGAAAGCCAUCGCCCAGUGUCUGAGAAGGGAACUGGCAGAGAAGAACAGUACUAUCAAGGUCACAAACAUCAGUCCUGGAUUGACCAAAUCGGAGGCCACAGAGGGGUUUUUGUCACGUAUGGAAGAUUCCCAAGCCUUUCUAGAGGCUGCUGAUGUAGCAAACGCUGUCGUAGAUGCUCUGUCCACAUCAUCUGUAACACAGAUUUGUGAACUGAUCAUCUCGCCUAUACCGAAUAAACAUGUUUAUUAAGAAGAAGACUAAUUAAUAAAAAAAUUCUGCAUCAAUUUCCUUUAUCCCUUCCAACAGUUUAAUAUAAACAUUAUAACAUUUGUAUUAAAUUAACGUAUAAUCUGUC